UCAGCAGGCCAGUCAUUUUCGACACCGUAUCUGAUAGUCGCGGGUUGCAAAUACCUGAUCAUUUGUAUCAUCAAACGGUUCGGUUCCGUUGGUCAUGACGCAAGGAGAAAUUGUCUCCCGGUCUCAAUUACCUUUCAAUGCCAGUCGGAGUUGCGGGGAUCACAAUCCCGAUGUGAAAUAUGCAGCAUUCCUCGCAUCAAGAGAAGGAGAUGUGCUCUGGCCCAUCGCGAGGAACAUUGUCUCGUUUCCAACCUCCCUCUGUACGCAUGGGAUUCUCAUUUCCGAUCCAGCGACAAGGCGCCAUCGGCUGCGGCCGAGUUUAGUUUCACGGAUAAUCCGAUCAUCUACCUAUCAGUGACGCAGCUAUCCGUUAGUAGACACAAUACUUGUCUUUCAGCGGUCCGAUUUUGUUGUCAGGCAGCCAGAUAUACGGAUCGCCGCAGUUCACGUUGCAAAGACCUGGCAUUUGUGGCUGUUGGCGAGCAUAGUUGA